AGUCGCCGCCUUGCCCGUUUAGUCAGUUCCUGCUCGCCGUUCGGUGGAAAUCGAAGAAAAGAAGAACCAAACCAAAUCGUGUACCGUUAGCCAAUAAUUAAAAAUUAAUUGCCCAAAUGAGCUAUCGAUAUCGAUAAAAACACGCGUGUGAGUGUGUGUGCGUGCGUUGUGCGUGGGCGGGCGGCAAAACAGUGUUGCGAAAGAAAUACAAAAAAAAUUAACAUAUCAAUUAGAAGAACAAUUUGAAAGUGAAGCACCAAAAUACAGCAACCAAAUAGUGAAUCGAUAGACUGGUUUGGUCGAUGUGAAGAUGGCCCAUUCUGGUGAGAUAAAUGAGGUUGUCUAUGAUCAUCGCAUACUCAAGGAUUGGUCCAACGUCAACAAUACCAACGGCACAAUGCACCUGUCCAAGGAUAUGAUCUUCAACGAUGGCCAUCGUCUGUCCAUCACAGUCUACAGCAUACUCUUUGUGAUCUCAACAAUUGGCAACAGCACAGUGCUGUAUCUGCUGACGAAGCGACGACUGCGUGGUCCCUUGCGUAUUGAUAUCAUGCUAAUGCAUUUGGCCAUUGCCGAUCUAAUGGUGACGCUGCUGCUGAUGCCGCUGGAGAUUGCGUGGGCCUGGACAGUCCAAUGGCGCUCCACCGAUCUGAUGUGCCGUCUCAUGAGCUUCUUUCGCGUGUUCGGACUGUACUUGUCCAGCUUUGUGAUGGUCUGCAUAUCGCUAGACAGAUAUUAUGCCAUACUGAAGCCGCUGCAACGAUCCUACAACCGGGGACGCAUCAUGUUGGCCUGCGCCUGGAUGGGCUCUGUCAUAUGCAGCAUUCCGCAGGCCUUUCUCUUCCAUCUGGAGGAGCAUCCCGUGGUCCGUGGCUACUUUCAGUGCGUCACGUUCCACUCGUUUGUGAGCGACUUUGACAACUGGCUCUAUCAGAUCGCCACAAUGUGCGCCAUGUAUGCCUUUCCUUUGAUCGUAUUCAUCUACUGCUAUGGAGCCAUCUAUCUGGAGAUCUACCGCAAGAGCCAGCGCGUCCUCAAGGAUGUGAUUGCCGAGAGAUUCCGUCGCUCCAACGAUGAUGUCUUGAGUCGGGCCAAAAAGCGCACUCUCAAAAUGACAAUCUCGAUUGUAAUUGUUUUCAUUAUCUGCUGGACGCCGUACUACACCAUCUGCAUGUGGUACUCCCUGGACAAGACGUCCGUGGACAAGGUCAACUCUCUGGUGCGCAAAGCGCUCUUCAUAUUCGCCUCGACCAACUCCUGCAUGAAUCCUUUGGUCUAUGGCCUCUACAACAUUCGCGGACGCAUGAACAACAAUAACAAUGUGUCGGUUAACAAUAGACACACGUCGCUCUCAAAUCGCCUGGACUCUUCCAAUCAACUGAUGCAAAAGCCGGCGGCUGCGGCCAACAACAGUUCGCUGGCCAAUCGUCAUGGCACUGUAAUGGCCGCUGCGGUGGCGGCUACAACAAAGUUGGCCCAUGUUGUGGGCCUAAAGGGCAACGGAUCCAAUGGAUCUGCCACCGCCUCUACCAUUGCCUCUGCUCCGCCCCUACCACUGCCAGUGACCGCACCCCUGGCCAGCGAUGAUGUGGAUGGGGAUAAUGAUGAUUCCAGUGUCAGUGUUGUCACCAUCAGGUGUCAGGAGCCGCCCAGGAUCUGCCACAAUUGUGGUGACUCCAUUGAACUGGUCAUUGCGACGGAUAAGUAGACGAUAAGUAAACCCCCUGAAAUGGAGCAAAUGGAUAAUUUACUGGAAAAUCUGCUACUGUUCAUCUGGUGAAGUCGGCUCGGAACAAAGGCCUCUAACGAGCUUCGAAUAGAUUCUUUUUGUAUUUGCAUUUAGCUAGCGACAAAUUAAAAUGUUAUCGAGACAACAAAAUGCGAGUGGCCGAUCGAAUUGAGAGUUUCGAAAAGCUUUGGCUCUGAGGCCAAAACAAAAACCAAAAAACAAAUCAAAAUGUUAUCGCAGAAAUAAAAAAUAAAUACGCUUAAGACGUAAUAUCGCGUACUAUUAUAGAUACUCUAGUUAGUUGGCUUAUUGCUUAAUUUAAAUUAAUUUAUUCAUUAAAACCAAACGACACUAAACGAAAACCAAAUAAAAAGAUGUAAGAA